AUGAAAUUUUGUCGAAUCAAUUUGAAAAUAAUUUUAAAAAAAUUUUAUAGUACAAUGGCUGAUUCUGAGUGGAAAGGCGUGCCUAUAGCUAAUAUUGUUGGCUCUUAUUCGCCUUGGGGAGCUCCAGAGUUCCCUUUAGUGCAACCAGCAUACAAUCAUACUGUUUUAUAUCAUAUACCGGGAAGUGGCGCGCAGCUAGAUAGACCUCCAAAGCCACAGAUCGGCAAAGAUAAAUGGGACCAAGUUCAUGUUAGAAUGCCAUUUUCUCCACAAAACUUGUAUCCUGUUGAAAAUAGUGCAGGUGAAACUGAGUUGAAGAAGCGGUGGGAAAUGAUACAAAAUGCUCUCAAUAAGCCUAUAAAGAAUAGUAAAGAAUUAGCUAGUGCCAUACUUAGUUACAACACACAAUUCAAGAAUAGAUGGAAGUUUUUAUCAUUACAUUAUUUAUUUGAGGAGUAUUUAGAAGAGGAAGAGGCACAAUAUUUUUUUGAUGUAACUCUGCCUGAAAUUGCUAAGUUGGCCUUGGCUCUGCCAAAAUUAAUACAAUCACCAAUACCAUUAUUAAAACAACACAAAAACAGAUCAAUAUCUCUGUCACAACAACAAAUAUCUUCGUUAUUGGCAAAUGCAUUCUUCUGUACAUUCCCAAGAAGAAAUACUACCAAAAAAGAUUCUGAAUAUGCAUCAUACCCGCAUAUUAAUUUUAAUGUAUUGUAUGAAUGUAUGCCUUCAGAACAUAUCCUCGAGAAAAUGAAGUGCAUAUGUCACUAUUUUAGAAGAGUCUGCACAAAAGUGCCGGUCGGCGUGGUGACGGUGUCGCGUCGCAGCGUGCGCGCCGACGAUCUGCCUCGAUGGCACGAAUGCUCGAGAACAUUCGCGGACCUUCCCAUACAUGUCGAUAGCAAGAACACGAUAGAAGAGGCCUACGGAUUGAUACAAGUGGACUUUGCUAACAAGUUUCUUGGCGGUGGAGUGCUCGGUCAUGGGUGUGUACAGGAAGAGAUCAGAUUUGUGAUAUGUCCAGAAUUGCUAGUAACGAUGUUAUUUACUGAAUGCCUGAGACCCACUGAAGCGUUGAUGAUAAUAGGGUGCGAGCAGUACAGCGCGUACCGCGGCUACGGCACGUCUUUCCGGUGGGCAGGCGCGCGCGUCGACGCGGCGCCGCACGACGCGGCCGCGCGCCGCCGCUGCGCCGUGCUCGCGCUCGACGCGCUGCCCUUCCGCGACGCGCGCCUGCAGUACCGCGCCGACCGCGUCGCGCGCGAGCUGAACAAGGCCUGGGUAGGUUUCUCGUUUUACACAACAGAGGAUGAUACAAUACAAUACCCCGGAGUGGCCACCGGUAACUGGGGGUGCGGGGCCUUCAAUGGUUCAGCCUCACUCAAGUCCCUCAUACAAAUGAUGGCCCUGGCCAGUGUUGGCAGACCCAUGGCGUAUUACACCUUUGGUGAUACACAACUGCGUGAUGAUAUCAUCAGAGUGUAUAAUAUGUUCGUUGAUCAUGGUGUUAAAGUUGGUCAAUUAUAUGGAUUGAUAUUGAAAUUCUGUGAGUCAAAAUCACAGUCAAAUAUUUAUUCUUUCUUAGAAAAAUCUUUACAAAAGAACAGGGAUUUUCUUAAGUCUGAAUCCACGAGUUGCGUUGCUUCAACAAAAACAGAAACACAAGAUUUAUCUUUAAAAGUAGAACUUGAAUUGAACAGAUCGCCAGAUUUGUUUGGUCCGGAUGAUGAUUUUGAUCUUGCAACACUUGAGGAAGAUACAAAUCUUAAAAAGGAGGCAAGUUUAGAAGAUGUAGUGGUUCAUAAAAUGGACGAUACACGUAAAAUGUCGACGAGUGACAUUUCAACAGAGGAAAAUAAUAGAACAAAUCAAACAUCUAGAUUAUUCGAUGAAAUGGAAAAGUUAGAUGAAGAUAGUGGCAAUUUAAAUCUUAAAAGUCCUCAAAAGUCAAUUUUUGGACCAAACUCUAAAAAGUCUGAUGCUGCUAUGGAUAUAGAUAAUAAAAUUCAGACAGAAGUGACACCUGAUGCCAAAAAGAAGUUUGCAAAGAAGAUAACAGAUUAUUUCUCAAAGAAACCUGUU